UUGGAAACACUAUUCAAAUACUCCUCUCUCUCUCUCUCUCUCUCUCUCUCUCUCUUCACUCAUUUGCUGGCAUAGAAUUUGUCUGCGACCGCAUCCAUUUUUCAAACUUUCUCUCUGUAAAUUACAGUCGUUUCAACGGCUGGAGAAGGGAAAAAAAAGUCACUUGGUCUCGCCUCAGAAAAAUUUCCUGGAAAACAGCUUCAGCUUUCCUGUGCGAGAAAAUUUCGGCUUCGUCGAAAUUUUUUAACAGCUGGAGAAAUCCUUGGUGGGUUAUUUUCUUUGAGUGAAAAGAUUAAAAGGGUAUCUUUUUUUUUUUUGGAAGAAAAGCAUGAAGAUCACGGGCCUGUUUGAGCUUGUAAAGACUGGUGCUUUAUUAUAAGUGGCUUUCUGGCUUUUGACUUUUGAUGAUUUCUAGGUUUACGUGAUUAGGGUUUUGUGGAUAGACGAUUAAAGAAGUAUUAUUGAUAUUCUUGGAGCUUAGGUUAAGAAUCAUUCAAACAGUGAAUUUAUUGGCCAGCUGUUAGUUAAGUUUGAGAAGGGGGGAAUGACAUGUUAACUUGACAUUUGUUAUACUGGCUUAUUAUGGAGUGCGUGGGAAAUCACCAAUUUUAGGAGCUUGUGAAAGAUUCUUGAGGACGCAUCUCUCUCAAACUAGACUGGGGCUUCUUGAAGCGAAUAGGUUUGUGGCUGAGGUGGUGAUUGCCGUGGAAUUCUUUGAUUAUGGUUGAUUUGGCUAACUUCUGAUUCUAUAAUCUUACCGUAGGGGAGCCUAACGUCCUGUUAAGAGAUCUUAGGAAAGCAGUUGGCUUCUAGGAAAUAAUACAAACAAUAAAAUAUAAUGGUAGCGAAAGGACGUCAAAAUAAUACAGACUCAGCUAAGGUUGAGGUAGGUGAGAUAGACACCAGUGCACCAUUUCAAUCUGUUAAAGAUGCAGUAACUCUUUUUGGUGAGGGUGCUUUCUCAGGGGAAAAACCUUCCAUAAAGAAGGCAAAACCUCUUUCUGCAGAGAGUAUAUUGGCCAAGGAGGCACAACUUCACUUGGCCCAGAAAGAGCUGAACAAGUUAAAGGACCAGCUGAAAAAUGCCGAAACUACCAAGGCCCAAGCACUUGUUGAGCUUGAAAAAGCUAAAGGAACAGUUGAUGAUCUCAACAACAAACUCAAAGUCCUUAAAGAAUCCAAGGGUUCAGCAAUUAAGGAAACAGAAGCUGCUAAGAAUCAAGCAAAGCAGAUUGAGGAAUCAAACAGUGGCAAUUCUGUGGGAUCUGAAGGUGAUAGGGAACAAGACCUAGAAACUGCAAGGGAAAAGUAUAUGACUGUGGUUAAUGAACUGGAUGGUGCAAAGCAAGAAUUGAGGAAUAUUCGUCAGGACUGUGAUGCAACCUUGGAAGCAAAAGUCACUGCCUUUAAUCUAGCAGCUGAAGCUGAAAAUGCUGCCAAAGCAAACAUGGAGAGAGUUAGUGAACUCUCCAAGGAAAUCUCUGCUGUGCAGGAAUCAAUUGGGCAAGUGAAGCUUGCAACCAUGCAAGCACAGCAAGAGCAAGCAAAAGUAUUUACUGACAAGGAUGUUCUGAAGCAGUCAUAUAAAGUAACUUUGGAAGAGUCAGCCAAGAAACUGAAUUCUUUGAAGAAUCAAUUUGAUCCUGAACUCACCAAGAGUCUUGAAACACAAUUGACUGAAACAAUGAACGAGGUUGCAGCUCUGCAGAAGCAGAUGGAAAAUGCAAAGGCUUCAGAUUUAGAUUCUGUGAGAACUGUUACUUCGGAGUUGGAUGAUGCAAAGGGGUCUCUGCAGAAAGUAGCGGAAGAGGAAAGCUCAUUGCGAAGCUUGGUGGAGUCUCUUAAGCAAGAGCUUGAGAAUGUGAAGAAAGAGCAUACUGAACUGAAGGAGAAGGAAACUGAAACAGAAUCUCUUGCUGGGAACCUUCAUGUCAAACUCCGUAAAAGUAAGUCUGAGCUUGAAGCAUGCCUUGCUGAGGAAUCUAAAGUAAGAGGUGCUUCUGAAGAAAUGAUCUCAACGCUUAAACAGUUAUCCUUGGAAACAGAAAAUGCAAAACAAGAAGCUGAAGAUAUGAAGAAUAAAGCUAAGGAGUUGAGGGAUGAAGCUGAAGCUGCCAAGAUUGCUCUGGAAGAAGCAGAAAAGAAGCUGAAAGCUGCUUUGGAAGAAGCUGAAGAAGCCAAAGACGCAGAGGCAAUGGCCCUUGAUCAGAUUAAGACCUUGUCUGAGAGAGCUAAUGCUGCACGAGCAUCAACUUCUGAGUCUGGUGCUAAAAUAACUAUCUCUAGGGAAGAAUUUGAGUCACUGAGCCGUAAAGUUGAGGAGUCUGACACAUUGGCAGAAAUGAAAGUGGCAGCUGCCAUGGCCCAGGUGGAAGCUGUGAAGGCUAGUGAAAAUGAGGCCCUGAAGAAGUUGGAGGCAACUCAGAAGGAGAUUGAGGACAUGAAGGCUGCCACUGAAGAUGCUUUAAAGAGGGCACAGAUGGCUGAAGCAGCCAAGAGGGCAGUUGAGGGAGAGCUUCGGAGGUGGCGUGAACGGGAACAAAAGAAGGCAGCUGAAGCUGCAGCUCGGAUUCUUGCAGAAACAGAGAUGUCAUCACAGACAUCUCCACAUCACUAUCUUGUUCAAAAGCAGAAUUCAUCAGAAAAAUUUAUGGAGGUUCGGAAGUUGGAAAAGGAGAAGACAUCUCUGUCGAAAAAAGCACUCAUGCCUAAUAUCAGCUUCUUUAAUCGGAAAAAGAACCAAAUCGAAGGCGGGUCACCAUCUUAUCUGCCUGGUGAAAAUCCUAUAUGACAUUUGUGUUUGCCAGACCUUUGUGUGAUUAUGAAUGGUUCAGGAAAAACAUUUUUAAGCCCUUGGUUGUGUGUACAUGUAAGACUAGUGGAACCAAAUUUCUGUUGUUUAGUCUGUUUGAGAGAGAAAGACAAAUGCCAUAAGGUGAGAUUAGAAGCAAUUUCCUGAAAGAGUUGAUCUUUCACUGCUUAGCUCACUUGAAUCUGAUCUUUUUUUGUAAUAUUAUGGAAGUGUGACCUUGUAUAUGGAUAUUAGGUUUAUGAUUGAAAAAAAUUUGCCCCA